UUAUGAUUGUUGACUCGGUAUACGCUCGCUUGUUCGUUUACGCUGCAAAGUGCCUGCGAGGAUCAUCUGAUGGCUUUGGCAGCAGUGAGUUCCGCAGAUCUCUGUGGUGCUGAGUCGAAUGGAGCCUGCAGCUUUGCUCCCUUGGUCUGACAAUCUGCAUCGGCUUGCUAAGAUGGGGAAUGGGCAAGCAUGGACACGAGCUUUCGGCAGGAGAGCGCGAGAGCUCUUUGAAGGUAUUCUACGCUUCCUUGACUGUGUAUGAUCUUUCUCUCGGAUUGACAAAGUGCUCGAUCAUUGUCAAAUGCCUGCGAAUCUUUCCGACCAGGCGACUUGAGGUCGCUUGCUUGCUCGUGCUUGCUGCUACAAUGAUCUAUAGGUUGUGCACAGUACUUUGCAGCAUACUCAUCUGCCUGUCACCACGAGCGUUUUGGACGCGGACCUGCGCGAUGUCUGGGUAAACUCGCA